UUAAACAUGGAGGAUUUGAAGAAUCGAUAUUUAUCUUUAUGUGUUGAAAGUCUUAAAGCUCCAAAUGCAUGUAUUGUGGAAGUAUUGGCAGAGAAUAUGAGCAGUGACGGUUCACUCAAACUAACCGGUAAUGAUCGACUGAAACACGGAGACAGACUGGCAGAUGACGAUAUGCUUGUACUGACAAAAACGCUCAAUGGAAAUGCCGCAAUAAAGGGUUUAGACCUCGCAUACAACUGUAUCACAGAUAAAGGAGCUGUUUAUGUUGCAGAUCUCAUUCAGGCAUGUGAGUCCCUUCAGUCUCUUGAUCUGAUGUGUAACAACAUUGAGGCAGAUGGCGCAGAUGUGAUUGCCAAAAGUUUACAUAAAAAUGAAAGCUUGAGGAAGCUCAGAAUGACUGGAAAUAAGAUUGGAAACAAAGGUGCCAUGCAACUGGCUACCAUGUUGCAGAUCAAUGCUACAUUAGAGGAAGUGGAUGUGUCAGACUGUGACCUGGCCACAGAAAGUGUAAUAGCAUUUGCCAUCGUCCUGCACAACAACAGGAGAAUCCAUGCCAUUAAUGUUAGCCGUCCUCUUCUUUUCAGCCUUCAGGAGGAAACGACAGUGCAUAUGGCGCAGAUGCUGAAGGUGAAUAAGACGUUGAGAGAGCUGCACAUGGGAAAGCAUGGCAUGACUGAUACUGGUGUGGAGAGAUUGUGUGAGGCACUGAAGUUCAAUUUCUCUCUACGCUACCUGGAUCUUUGCUGUAACAGAAUUACACGGGAUGGAGCCAAAUCCUUGUCAGAGGUUUUGAAACAAAAUGGCACCUUGGAGAUUCUAGAUCUGUCCUUCAAUCGCAUCGAGGAUGACGGUGCUGUGUAUAUAAGUGAAGCUGUCAUGCACCCGCACAGCAAACUUAAAGCAUUGUCUGUUACCAGUAACAACAUCGGAAAGACAGGCCUUAUGUCCCUCAGUGAAGCAAUGAGACUGAAUUCCUGUCUCACACAUGUUUACAUCUGGGGGAACAGACUGGAAGAACCAGUGUGUGUGGAUUUCUCCCAGCUGAUAAGCAGCGGGCGACUGUUGGAGGAGCACACAGAUGUUUCUCCCUAUGAGGUGGACAGUCAUGUUUGCUUGGCAGAAGCUUCUCAUGGUUUACGGAGGCAUUAUUAUUGGACAUCCAGAUAUGGGAAAGACAGAGACUCAAGUAAUUCAGCACUGGCCCUAAUUACAUCAGAAUCAUUGGCUCUGCAGAUCUACCCAGUCUUACAUUCAUAAUAUACACACAGAGUAAGGCACAUUAAGGCACUUG